AUGAAUACCGGAAUCCAUCCUACUAUUCCACAACAAUAUAUGAUGCCACCCAAGGGCACAACAACAAUUAUCCUCGAGGCAGUGGCAUCUUAUGAUUUGUGGAUAUGGCAUGCUUUUUUUGGCAUGCCCGGAACAUUGAACGAUAUUAAUGUAUUAGACAGGUCACCAAUUUUUGACGACAUUGAGUCUAGUGAAACUCCUACUGUGAACUUCAUUGUGAAUGGUCGACAAUACAAUCUUGCCUACUAUCUUGCUGAUGGAAUCUAUCCGAAAUGGCCCGUCUUUGUCCAAUCAAUUCAAAUGCCCCAAGGAGACAAAGCGCAGUUGUUUGCAAAACAACAAGAAGCAUGCAGGAAAGAUGUAGAACGUGCAUUUGGGGUACUCCAAGCACGGUUUGCUAUUAUUCGCCAACCAGCUAGGAUGUGGAAUAUUGAUGUCCUAGGUAAAAUAAUGAGGGCAUGCAUAAUUUUACAUAAUAUGAUUGUGGAGGAUGAACGAGAUUCGUAUUCACGAAAUUGGGAAAAUAUCGACUUCGAACGUUCGAAUAAUUCCGGGUCUAGUUCCUCAGAUAAUGUCCAAAGAGAAGUGCUACCUCAAUUUCAAGUGCAUGUUGAAGGCCGAUCUGAAUCAAAUAUUCAUAUUAGGGCCGAUCUACGUGACAAAGCACAACAUAUUCAAUUGAAUAAAGAUCUUGUCAUGCACAUUUGGAAUAAAUUUGGAACAACUCUCGAUUAG